UCAUUUACAAUUUUUUUCCACGAAGAUGAAUAUCAGAGAUCGCGCAAAACAACAGAAAUUAUCAGAUCGUGGAAUUAAGGACAACAAGACAUCGUGAAUGAUAUUAUUUACUAUAUUUGUUUUUCUACCAAAAUGACAAUUUUUCACAUCAAAGUAACUACAGGGAAGAAAUUCGGAGGGGCGACUCAGGCGAACGUCUACGUCAUUCUUCAUGGGGACGAGGGAAACUCAGGUCGUAUACAACUGAAAAAUGUGGCCAGCGAUUCACACGACGACGAAAACUUUCAACUCGGAAAGACAGACGAAUUUGUUGUGGAAUCAAGCAAUAAGAUAGGAAAGCUGGUGAAACUAAAUAUUGGACACGAUAACCUGGAAGCUGGAAUAGAAAGUGCUGACUGGUAUUUAGAAAAAGUGGACAUCUCCGUAGAAAAAAUGUCUUGGCAUUUCCCGUGUCAGGAAUGGCUAGCAAUGGACAAGGGGGACGGCAAAAUUGAAAGGGAGUUAUACCCGCAGCCGAUGUAACAGAACACAUGAUUGGAAGGGAAUUAUACCCGCAGCCGAUGUAACAGAACACAUGAUUGGAAGGGAAUUAUACCCGCAGCCGAUGUAACAGAUGAGACAAAACACAUGCCUUUCUUUACAAUCUUCAGUGGAAUUGACAUAAUUCGUUUACUUAUCUCCAUUUGACGCAUUUUCAUGCCAUUAUUUCCAUAUUGAAUACUUAGUACAGAGUGCAACUGAACGGAACUUAUUGUUGUACAUCGUCUUGCGACUUACAUCACUUAUUUAUGAUUUACAAAUUGUAAUGAUAGCAAUUUCUUCAUGAAUGCGCUGUAGUUGUGCACAAUGUGCGUAUGAAUCUUCAUAGAUAUAGCCUGUCUGUUUUAACGGCUGGGAAUUCCGACGGAAAUGAAAGUAGAAUAUAAAAUUAUAUAAAAUACAAAUUUCAUUUUUGAAAAUACACGAGGGUAUGAACUGUAGCGCUUCACAUCUGCAUGCUUUUCAUGAAACGCAACGCGCUUCCUUAAAUAUGCGAACGUGAACCGUCGCAGUUCAAACUUUCAUGCAUUUUCAAAACUGUAACUUGUUUCUUAAAUGAACUAAAUACCCCAAUCUAAUAUAUUUCUGUGAAGGAAAUGACUUUAUUUGUACAUGCAUGAUUUUACCUAUGUCAGUUUAUUAUAAAUGGAAGAAAUGUAUUCAAGGGGAGUGGGUACAUGAACUAGUUUAUACAGAUUCUAUCAUCGCUAAAAACAUUGUGAAUUUGUCCUGGAGUUCAUAUUGUUAUUGUAUCCUGCUAAACGCAACACAAAUCUUCAUAUUUUUACUGAAAUGUAUGGUAACAUAUUUCUGCCCCCUGUAUGCAAGUUAUUUAAAUGCUAUAAUUUACGUCUACUUGCAAGAAAAAUGUAAUCGGACAAUUUAAAAAAAAAAUAAAA